GAUAUCAGGAUCAGAAGAUAAAUACUCUAUUUUGAAGCUUAUCUUCUUGAAUAAACUUUUAUGAAAUAUAUAUUCUUGAAACAAGAUUUUGGAAUCAAAUUUUGGGAUAAGUUUUCAUAUCUCCUAGAGGAAAACCAUGAAAAAUAACAUGGAGAACCUUGAACAAUCUGUAAAUCCAAGAAUUAUCCAAUCGUGCGGAAAAGUCUGUCAGGAACACAACGAAGAAAAUUGCCCAAGCGAGAAUGAACGCGAGUUUGACUCGCUGGAAUACGAGGAAGAUGCAUAUUACUCAAAGUUGACAACGACGCCGAGCUUUGAUGACAUAGACGAACUGGGCGAUGAGGAAGUGGAUGAGUUAGUGGUUCACUGCUGGCGUGACUCUAACGGUGAGAUAGACGAGAUUGUUGUGGACGACGGCAACCUGUCUGUCGAGACGGAGUUUCUGCAGGAAGAGUUACAUGACGGUUGCAAGAAAAAGAAGAAGCGAACGAUCCGAGUGAUCUUCCAGGACUUCUCCAAACCUUAUCUCGCUAAGAUCAGUAAUAGCCAGAACUAUAAGAAGUUCCUCGAGUUGAUAAAAGGAGAAGAUGCUUCGCUCCACUCGGCCGGCUCUCUGUCGCCAUCAUCGGAUACCAUGGCGAACGAGCUUCAAGGACUCUCCUUAGAGGAGCAAGAAGAGCAAAAGGCUGAAUGGAGCGCUCAAUUAGCAAAGGUUGAAGAAGAAAUACAGACUUUGAGACACGUUCUCGCCAACAAGAUUAAAGUUUCGCAGGAUUUGAAAAGGAAGCUUGGCAUUAGUGUCUGGAAGGAGCUCACUGAUGAUGUUAAUCAGGGACUCAAGAACGUUAAAGAAAGUCACGUAUACCAAAAGACAGAAUCUGUACUCAAGUCUACAGCUGAGAAGACGACGAGUAUUCUAGGUGGCUUUGGUAGUGGCAUUACUAUGAAACUGGGCCAGAUGCGUAAUUCCGACAGCUUCCGGUCACUGGAAGAAAGAGUUGGAUCUGCCUGCGAGAAUAUCAAGACGAAAGUCGUGCCUUCAAGGUCCGGCUCGACGCAGAGCUUCGAUGAAGCACUCCGAGAGUCCGAGGCAAUGAGACGCGCGUCCGCGGCUCCGUCAGCUACCAGCCCGACCAUUCCUGAGGAUAAAAUGCUCUCUUAGAGCUCGAAAUCCGCGCGUUUCUUCCGCGCGAUACAAAAUAUUGAUACCGCGCUAUACUAUUACUGCGUUCGUCUAUUGCAAUCGCUUUAGCGGGCCAAAUGGCGUAUUCGUGCAUGUCGGAUUCGAUUUGAGUCCUUCGAUAUUUCGCUCAAUCGAGACUUCGGCCGCGAGCACAAGUACUAUCCUAUUCUCUAUUCAAUAAAAAAAUAUAUUUUUCUUGCACGCCAUUUCUACGCCUUUCCCCUCGCAGGAUCGCCUUUCUUCGGGCCACUAUCAGGAUAUUCUCUACGCAAAGUGUCCCCCACGUGAUUUUUAUAUUUGAUACUAAAGAACGGCUACUCAAGACGAUCUGUGUUUUCCAAACAAUGAAAUGCAUUUUGGAAUUUUUUUUUUAUAAUUGUGAUUUGUAGAUACAAUAAAAUAUAUUUGGGCUCGAAUGAGAGCUGCUUAUUUAUGUGUGCCGCGAGAGGAACUUAAUUUUGCAAUUGAUAAUAAAAAGAAAUUAUGAUUCUGCUAUAA